CUGCAUCGCCACUCAAAACUCGCUCUCCGCCCCUUUCCCCCACCGCUCCGGUUCGGUUUCCCUUUCUCCUUCCCUCACAAGAAUCGCUCGAAUCUGUCGGGAGGAGAGACCGACGAGGCGAGGAGGAACCGCCGGAGGGGAGGGAUGGACGCGGCGAGCAACGGCGGCCUGCUGUACCACGAGGUGCAGGAGGGCAAGCUCUGCGCCGUGCACUGCGUCAACACCGCCCUGCAGGGGCCCUUCUUCUCCGAGUUCGACCUCGCCGCGCUCGCCGCCGACCUCGACCGCCGCGAGCGCCAGGUCAUGCUCCACGGCGUCGAGGCCGCCGCCGCCGCCGCCACCGCCGCAGGGGACUUCCUCGCCGAGGGCGAGGGCUCCCACAACGUGUCCCUCGGCGGAGACUUCAGCAUCCAGGUGCUGCAGAAGGCACUGGAAGUCUGGGACCUCCAAGUUGUCCCCCUUGAUUCCCCAGCAGCUGGGUCAUCCCUAUUUGACCCGGAGCUAGAAAUUGCUUUCAUUUGCCACCUCCAGGACCACUGGUUCUGCAUUAGGAAGGUGAAUGGAGAGUGGUAUAACUUCAACAGUCUGUACCCUGCUCCGGAGCAUCUGUCAAAGUUUUACCUCUCAGCUUACAUUGACACCCUGAAGGGGUCAGGCUGGAGCAUCUUUGCGGUCAGGGGCAAUUUCCCUAAAGAGUGCCCGAUGUCAACAGAAGGCUCCAAUGGUUUCGGGCAGUGGCUGACUCCCGACGAUGCCCAGAGGAUUACAGCCUCUUGUAACCAGGUGCAAACGCCCACUCGGCAGCAAGUGGUGUCUCCUCUUCGUGGUCAAUCAGAAGGCAUGAACGAAAUGGAGCUGUUUGCAGCCCAGCAGGAAGAAGCUGACCUGAAUGCAGCUAUAGCCGCUAGCCUGAUGGACAGCGUGGGUGCAUUUGCCAGCCGCAGCGCAGCUGAAGAAGAAAGCAGGUCUGAGGCUCUUCUCCCAAGUGAAGCUGCAUCUGACGUCGCGAGCAAAGAUAGCAAUCUGGAGGAGCAAGGAGCUAACCAAGCGGAAGCAAGCGGCAGCGGUAGCAUUGAGGAGCCUGCUCCAGUCAGCUAUCCAAGGGAGAGGUCUCCCCCUUCAGAGAGAAGGCAACAAUAAUGAUGAUAAAAAGAUGCUUAGGAUGACAUGUUCCCUUGGGGCUGGAACUUGUGUUGUCGAAACUAUAGAGACAGAAAGUGAAAAGCGGUUUAAACUUGUGCCCUCGCCAUGAGGGGGGCGAUGCUGUUCCGAACUCCUGGUCUGGGAGCACCGUAUACAACAGUGUCUGAACCUUGUCUGGAUGUUAAAACCUUGAUGACAUGUGUGUGUCGUUUAUGUGGAACCCUGCAUAGAGAACUAGAAAUGGAGAUUUUGCUUCGUUUUCAUA